AUGGUUCCAGCUGACCUUGUGGCCAACGAGAGGGCCAGGAUGCGUCAGCGUCUCGACGACCAGGACGACACGACGCCCAAAAGCGGCAUCAAGGUGCAGGAAAGAGCCAUCAGCAUCAGAGCGUGGCAAUCCAAAUGGGACCGCUCUCCAAACGGCAGGCGAACGCACAGGCUGCUCCCCGAUAUUUGUGGAGAAUAUGGAAAAGAUUUUUCCAAAGCAUAUAACUUGAAACGUCAUCAAACAACUUCUUUGACUUGCAAUCUUCAAAAUAACAUUGUUGAAAAUAAUUUUGCAUGCUGUAAAUGUUAUAAAAAAUUCAAUCGUAGAGGUACUUUAGAACGGCAUAUAAAGAUUCACCACACGUCCACAACGUUUAACGUUCAGAAGAACCCCAGUAAAUAUAAAAAUAUAUGCGAAUUAUGUCAGAAAAACUUUGCUAGUCUUGAUGGACUAAAACGCCAUCAAAAAAGUGUACAUCCAAAACGUGUUAAAGAAGGAAAACAAUUUCUCCGUGUCCAACAAUAUUUUGAAUGUAAUUACUGUAAUAAAAAAUUCCUGCGGAAAGACACCCUAAUCCGUCAUAUUAAAUGUGGUCACUUAUUUGAAUCAGAUGUUUUUGAAUGUUUUCAUUGCUCGAGAAAAUAUGCUAGAAAAAAUGAUUUAGCAAAUCAUAUCAGUGAAUGUUUUAACUACAAGAUUGCUGAUUGUCCUAAGGAUGCAAUACAGAUAUGGAAGUCUUAGAAACACAAUGGAGAAAUCUAACAUGUUUAAGAUACGCCGAUAUUUGUAAUUCAUCAACCCCUAUUGAUGAAAAAAGUACUCAAGAGUUUUGGAUAGAUAUUUUGAAUAUUCGAGAUAAUGGAGAUGAAAAAAAAUUUGAGGACUUGGCUCUAUUUGUAUUGCAAAUACUUUCCUUACCAUUAUCAAAU